GACAGAUCAACAUUUUUUUCCUUUUUUCUCCGGGCCGGGCGUGAUGUAAAACUUGUGUGAUCAAAAACAUUCGAGCAAUUUAAAUUUCUCCAAGAAAUUUCAAAUAGUGGUGUUGCUUGCUAAUAUUCUAUUAAGAUGGCUUCAAUUACUCGACUAGUGGGAAAACCGGUGCUACAUUCUCCGGUCCGAAUCGUGGGCUGCCGAUGGCAAUCAACUGAGCAGGCACUCGAUACAAGAAAGCAUGUUGAUGAUGAAGAAUUCCGGGUAUUAAAUUUCAAACAAGUUAAAUCACAAAAAAUUGCUCGACGAAAAAUAGGAAAAGUGGAGGUGCCUCCCCCAAGAUCCCAACAGAUGGCCACCGAUCAGGACUGGGGUGCGGUUUGGCCGGGCCCUAAGUCUUUCCUUCCAGCCACCGUUCCGCUGCAAUUGCGCCAAGGAUAUAUCCACAAGAAGCAUCAUGUGCCGCCGGGCAAGUUCGCCAAUGCCGAACUGAUGAAGAUUCCCAACUUCCUUCAUCUGACGCCACCGGUCAUCAAGCGACAGUGCGAAUCGUUGAAACAGUUCUGCACCCCCUGGCCCAAGGGCCUGGAAACGGAGGAGAAGAUGAAGCAACACUUUCCGGUGGAUUAUAUUUCGUCCGAUUACUGCCACGCGCUUCCCACCAUCCGUAAUCCGUUGUCCCGUAUCGUUACGGUUCAGCUAAAGGUGGAUACGCUGAAACUGAAUCCACACGCCAAAGAUAAAUUCUUUCGGCUAGUGGGAGAACGUUACAAUCCGGACACGGACGUUCUGACCAUAGUAACGGAUCGUUGUCCCCUGAAAAAGCAAAACUACGAUUAUGCCAUGUAUUUGUUAACAGCAUUGUAUCACGAGUCUCAAGUGGUAGAACCGUGGGAGGAAACGAAAUCGGAAGCCGAUAUGGAGUACUAUGACUUCCAGCGGAAUGUCGCCAAGGUAAGCUCUGAAUCGAUUCUGAACUGGGGUAAGUCGGAUGGAGAAUCACACCUGGAAGCGCCUUCUGGCUAUGCUAAAGUGGUUGAGCAACUCUUCAACGACGGUGAAAAUGAGUACAACUUGCAGAAAUAUAAGGAACAAACGGUGCAAUUACUGGGCUUGGCCAAGUAGAAUCGGUUUUGUAGAUUAUUUGUUUCAGGAAAAUAUAACGGAAAAUAGCAA